AUGAGCGUUGUCGCAGCUCUCCCCACCUCAGGGAAACUGCGGCGACGAGCUCGUCCUACUGGUGCUCGCGUGCCUGUCAAGUCUUCCGCGUUGCUCGCCGCGCUGCUCACACUGAACAAUGUCAGCGGCCAGACGCUGCUCCGAGGAAACCCGUACUGCAACAACUCGAACUCGUUCCUGGGCGUAGGCAACACGCAAUGUCUGCACGAGAACCUCCGCACUGCCGUGUUUCUACUGACUGUGAUCGUGGCCGUGUCCAUCGGGGUGGACCGACUGAUCCACCACGUUCGCGCCGCCAUCAAGUGUCCGCAGCUUCGUAAGAUUGUGAACCGCAUCUUUGAGGAAGUGAUGAUCCUGGGCUUCUUGUCCAUGGUCAUCUUUACGCUAAACACAAGUGGAGCCUUGAAGUCUUUGGCGUUGAACAACCUCACGGCGUCGGAACAACUGCAUUUCUACGAGUUCUUCCACUACAUCGUGUUCCUAACGAUGAUCUACUUCAUCGUCAUUGUGUUACUACUUCUUUUCAUCGGUACCGUCGUGCCUAAACUCGUCUGGGAGAUCAAAAACCAACCGGAUCAAAGUCGAGAGAGCAUCAGUGACAUCCACGACGACACGUACGACCCACAAUAUCCCAGUUUUAUCAGUAGUGAUCGAGACGACUGCGGCGGGAGUCGUCGUAUGCGCCAUUCCUUCAUCCGAGACGCGUCCUCGUUGGCUCGCGAUCUAAAUCCGUACAGCUCCGGCAGCAGCUUCAUGGACGAUGGCGAGCGCACACUCGACACGCCGUCUGACGACUACUACAUUGCCAUGCGCGCUCAACUGCGCUCCGAUGCUGACGUAGGGAACCGUACGACGACAACGAGAGCAAGAGCUCCGUCCGGUAUGGAUCUGGUCAUGGGAUCGCGUGCCUACAGUCUACUACUGCAACGCUAUCAACGGGAAGGCUGGUGCUUCCACUUCAAUAUCCGCAGGCAGUGGAGUCUCUGGAAAAGUUUUGAAAUCCUUGCCUACAAUAUUUGUCAAAAUCGAAGUGGCUACAUUUACAAGAACCCAGCGGAGAUGGAGCGUUUAUUCGGCGUCCGACCAACACAAGACGAGCAAGAGAAUCGCAUGACGUAUGCCAAGUACCAUGUGCUCUGUAUGCGCAACUUGCUGUACCACAUGACGAACAUCCAUCCAAGUGGCUUCCUCAUCCUGCUCGUCAUUUGUCUGUUGCCGUCUAUUUUCCCUGAUCAAGAUCACUGGAUCUUCAUUGGCGUUGGCGGCUCGUUGCUACUUGUCAACGUCGUUAUCUUCCUUAAAGUAUUGAAGAUCCUACGUGGCAUCGUUGACGACCGUCUUCGUAUCAUCACGAACCGAGACAUCCAAGCACGUCUCGACAAAAAUCGACGCAAGAAGGCUCCAAAGAAGUUCAAGGCUGCAGCGCUAGCUGUCCGUGCUGUGAUCCGGAUGCAGAUGUCAGCUCUGUGUCAUCGACAACUGCAUCACCACGACGACCGAUUCUGGUUCAACAGUCCGAAGUUGCUGCUUCGUCUCUUCCAGUUCGCAACGAUCGGUCAAGCUUUCUACUUGGUUUGGCUUUCGCUCGUGGAGAUCAGCAGCAUGACGAAUUCUUCGGUAUCCAACGGCGGUGGGUCGGCACUCUUGGCUCUUAUGGUGACGUUCCCGGCGUUGUCUCUCUUCGUCAUUACUCCACUCACGAUGCCGAGUCUUGUGCUGGUUAUGAGUCUCACUGGCAUUUUCGUUGAUCUUAACGCCAGCAAUGGUGAACAGGAAGGCAAGCACCGCAAUGUGACGCAGGAAGAAGUGAAGACCCACACGAGAAUCAUUCGGCGUUCGUUCCUAAGAAGCCAUUACAGUGAAGGAGCUGGAGGCUACCAACAGCCUCCUAUGACACCUCCACUGCGCCCUGUAGCUGCACUAUCCUUACCAGAGGAGAUCUUGGAGCACCGAAACUCUGUGGCGUCCCCGACCAACGUGUUUCUUCGCGCUUACGACUCUCCAGCCCAUGCGAGACGCAGCUCAAUACCCUAUCAACCUGGUAACAAUAAUAGCUCGGUCGGUCGCAGUAACUCGCUUGGUAAUAAUCCGCUGACUCGCUGGAUGAGUCACAGUCGAUCAGUUGGGAGCAUUGGCAGCGUUGGCGGAGAUGACAAUGGGUACAGUUCGAGACGAGCAUUCAACCUCGCAGCUUUCCAGUCCAUGAACCCGGCAGCUCAAUCGGCGUCCUCAUUCUCUAGCAGCACCGGUAGUGUGGGCAGAAGUCCUCGACCUAACAGGAUCGAGAUCAACGUACCUGGCCCGACGUGGAACUGGAGCCAAGCAAACGUUGAGCCAGACGUACAAGUCAGCAACAAUGUUGUUGAUGACUACAACGAGCAAGAGAACGAGCUGGAGCAGAUUUCAAGUCCCGUGUCUGCGACCUUCAAGAGCUACUGCUCCAAAUAUGGUGGCUAUCCAGACUUGUAG